CUAGUUCUGGAAAUCAGAUUUUCUAUAGCUUUUAUUUUAGUGCUUUGGAUAUCUUUCCAAAGAAAUCACAGCAAUUUUUUAAAAAGUUACAGGCAAAAUAUCUACAGCAUAAAUCUUUAAAAGAAAAAAAAAACAAAGUUACAUCACUAACCAAUCAACCCCAUUAUUUACUAUAUCUUUUUGUCAACUAGUUAUAUCAUUUAGUUUUUUUUCUAAAUAUAUCUUUCUACAAUGAAUUGAACCAAUAAAUUUGAGGUUAAUUGGGCAUGCUGUAUCCUCUUGUUAUUUGUAUAUAUAUGUAGAAAUCAUCAUUAUAGGAUUUCCUAAGACUUCAAUUAAAUCAAACUCUCUGUUAUUAUAUCUUCUUUCUCCUCUUUUCUUUUGAUCAGUCAAAAUUUAAUACAAUGAGAUCGGAAUCUGAAACACUAGUAGAUCAGCCAAAACCCCUUACACUAGAAGAGAUGAAACAACGAAAAGGGGACCUGAUAACAUGCUUCGUAGCCUGCUAUUUUGUCCUCUUGAUAUGUUGCUUUUUGAUACUUCUCAGUAUGCUAGUGCCCCAAAUCAAAAUAGUUCAUAUGAGUUUUACAACCGAGCUUAAUAAUAAUAGUACAACACAACAAGUUCAUUAUCUUCCUCUAGUUAGUGCUAGAUGGGAUUUACUGAUAAGAGUGCCCGGAAAACUUGUUGGUGAUUACAUAUGCCUCCAAGGAAACCUCCAAGCCUCUUUCCUUUACAAGAAUGUUACUCUUGUUACUUCCUCUGUCCAAAGUUACGGGAAACUCGAAGUAGGCGUGCCUCAACUUCUCAAUAUUUCUGCGGUUGCUACUGAAGAAGAUUUAGGAGGUGCAGCUGGCAUGGGAGAGAUUAUGGAGGCUAUAAAAGAGAGGACUGAAUUGCGGUUUGGAUCGCGGUUGUCACUUACGGAUUGUAGGGAGGAGACAGAGGAAGGUGCACUGAGCUAUGACUGUGAAGACACCAUGUUGAAGUUUGAGCAAGGCUCAAAUCAUAUUAAGGCGACUACUUUUGGGAAGCACGCAAGUUGCAUUGUUAAUCUUUAGUUUGCUAAGUUGUUAAGUCAUCACUAAAUUUGUGAUUUACCUAAUACUUUCAUUCGGAUUUGGCUUCUUGAUUUUGUUGUCGUUAUUUGAAUUUUCUGAUGAACUUAAUGUUUGUAAUAAUAUAGAUGGGUCUUGAGCUAAUCUUGAAUUUACCCAAACCGGAGUUGCUGUUGUAGCUCGUAUAUUGGCGCAUGUACUAACUGACCAUCAAGCAUAUAAAAUCAAAUGCAAUAGUACUAUAUUAAAAAUUAAUACUGUCAUUCGUUUUAAGCCUGAUAGAUGCCAUGUUGACAAUUUUAGUCCAGUAUUAUCCAACAUUAGAUAUAUCAGUGUGUUAUGCAUUAUAGAAUUUGAUUCCGAAUGCUUAAGCAUACAUACAUUAGGCGAAAAUUUGACCACCCAACAAUAUUUCUGCCAGAAAAGUACAAUAUAUACAUACUUUUAUCAGGCAAUCAACUGUUGAUAUACCAUACUCAUUAAUGUCUCCAUCCGCUAAUAUUAUUAUUUUUUUUGAAAAAAUACUAUUAAUUUGAACCAUAUAACCACUUAGCACAAACUUAGCUGUGAUCUAAUGAUCAUAUUAUCAAUUUACAUUGAUGCUGACCUCAUAAUUAGUCUAAGAAUCAGCAACAUAUGAUGAAACUCAACAAAAAGAAAUGAGUGCGUUCGUAAAAGAACAUAUGACCUUGGCAGUAGUUGGGAAUCAGAUCAUUUGAUGUAACUACUACGUAUACAAGAUCUGUUUCGUUGGGCAAGUGAUAUUAUCAUUAUAAUUAUUUGUAAAAGUUGGAUAGGUUUCUUGUUUUUAAUGUAAGUAAAGGUAAUUUUUAAGACCAAAAAAAAUAUAAGUAAAGGCAAAAUCCCCAAUACUGAGCUCAAAUUGUGAAAACGAUGUGGUCCUUGCAGCGUGCGACACCUGUACCGAGAUGUGAAAAGAUGAAAAAUGCUAAUGUUAGUAUUUAAAUGUAUUAGUAUUAGCUUAAUAAAAAAGCAUCCAAUAGUGGAUAACCACUUGGUCACGCAGACUAGUUAUUAUUACAAUAAUAAAAUGACUAAAAAACGCCGGGAACGAAUAAAGUAAAAGCAAGAAAGCGCACCAAACAAAGUAAUGUUAAUAAAUUACGAUGGUUUUAGUAACUUUUUGUCCUAAACUUUUACCCAUUUACUUCAAAAAUUAGUACUAAUACAAUUUGUUUUGAUUAAAUAAUUAAGCACAUCUUGUCCGAGAGGAGCUGGCAACCGACAGAGAUGCUGGUUGUCCACAGAUGUACUGGGGAAACUCACUUUGACGGACACCGGAUCUGUAGGUUGUCAGUUAACAUGGACACGUGUUAAGAUCUUAUAGUAUAUCUCUUUUUGUACACAUCUCAUUUUAUAUCUACAAGACCCAAUAACUUCACUUCUUUCUUGCAGAGAUGCCUAAAUCUGCAACUACACCAAGAGCAUCAUUUACUAAUCCCAUAAUAAUGUAUCACGAAAUACUAUACCAGAAUGUUAUAAGUAAUC